AACCUUCCUCUGUGUUCAAACCUGCACUCCACCAAAUUUCUCUCUAGUCCAAUCCAAACCAACCCUCUGUCUCUCUCUCUCUCUCUCUAGAUCUCUCUCCAUAAACAAACCCCAACUCCAUUGAAAUUGUGAUAUAGUUUCUUGUAUAUCUACACUAUCUUUUGCAUAUUCAUAUCAAUUCAUCCUAACUUUUCAUGCAAAGCUUCUAUAUCUGUCUACAAUUCUUCUACGACUUUGUUUGGCAGUGAAAACCACUCAAAAACAGGUGCAACAUGAGAACAAAAGCAAGCAACAACAACAAGUUCCUGCGCUUCAUUACGAUACCGUAUAGGGUUUUGAUCAAAGCAAAGGAUUAUUACGUCCGAAGCAUCACCGAGUGUUCUCAGACGGUGAAUUAUGGCAACAUGGCCGGCGGAUCGGCAGGCUUGCCCAAGAGCUUCAGUGUUAGCUCGUCGAGGUCGAGGUGUAGCGACGACGACGAUUUCGGAGAGCUGAUUAGGGCUGCCUCUAGCAGGAGCAUGGGGAAUGGGGUUGAUAUGGAUCUGCUCAUGCAGCAGCUGAGGCAGUCGACGGCGGCGAAGGGACCCAAGGGGGUGCUGAGGAGCUGCAGUGUGGGGAUGGGUAAAAUUGAUGAAGAGAAGCCUUGUUGUGAUUUUGGUGAAGAAGAAGAUCAUGUUCAUGCUCAUGCUCAUGGUCGUGGUCGUGUGAGGGCUGAGUUGUUGUACCCAAGAAGCAAAAGCUAUGCCGUCUCUUCUACUUAAUUAGUGAUUUCUUUUACUCUCUCUGGUUUGUUUCAUUUAGUGUCUUUUUUGUUAACUUUGAUAGGUUUGUUUCAUUUUUUUGUGCUCGAAAGGUGAUUGUUGUUAAUAGGUUAAUUUGAAGUGUAAUAUUUGAUUAUUCCCAUACAAAAUGAAACUUUUUUUUUUU